GUCAAGAAGAGGGAGUAUAUGCAUACAAUACACCAUGGAUGCAGCUUGCUUCAUAAAUGCAAAGGACUUUGCUCGUGUAUUUACACAGAAACACGCGCAGAAAUUAGGAGUUCAUAUUCACAAAAAGCUCUCUGAAACGACAAAGACGGAAAGUAGAAAAGAAUCUUGAAAUGGAUAAUCAUAAUCUCUUCUUGGUUCUUGUCUUCUUUCUUCUCCAAUGCCAUUUCUUCACGAACUCAGCUGAUUCCCAGACAGACCGAGCAGCCCUUUUGUCUUUCAGAUCCCAAGUGUCGGACCCAACCGAGGCUCUGUCAAACUGGUCAAACAGUUCGCCACACUGCUCUUGGUUCGGUGUUUCUUGUGAUCCACGCAAUGGAACUCGAGUCACUUCUCUUCAGCUCAUCAGUCUCGGCCUUUCGGGUACUAUACCCUCUGCACUCUCUAACCUUUCUUCUCUUGAAACCCUUGAUCUCUCCUACAACUCUUUCCACGGCCAGAUCCCUUCUGGGUUUUCUCGUCUCUCUUCUCUCAAGUCCCUUCGCUUGUCUCAGAAUUCCCUAACCGGGUCGGUUCCGGUUUCUCUUUCUGAGAAUCUCGAGCUCCAAGAAAUCUUCUUGGACAUGAACCAACUCACCGGUGUCAUUCCACAUGAACUUGGGGCUUUGCAGAAGCUCAGGGCUCUUGAAUUUUCAGUGAAUAACAUAUCGGGUUCGAUUCCUUCCUCCUUUGGUAAGCUGUCUUCUCUGAAGAACCUGUCAAUCGUACAAAACCGGCUCUCGGGAGAAAUCCCACCCGAGAUCGGCUUUUUGAGAAAGCUUCAGAGAGUUUAUCUUUCUCAGAAUCACCUUGAUGGUGAAAUCCCAGCUUCCCUUUACAACAUACCUUCUCUGGUGACUUUGUCUUUGGCACAGAACAAUCUCACAGGAACCUUGAGGACCCAUCUCGGUAUCUCUCUUUCAAAUCUCAAAGAGUUGUAUCUGGGUGGGAACCGUUUUCAUGGCAGAUUGCCAGAUUCUUUGUCCAACUUAACAGAGCUUGAGUCCCUUGAUCUUUCUGGAAACGGGUUUUUCGGGUCGAUCCCUUUAUUCGGUAAAGCCUCCAAGCUACGUUACCUUGACCUCGGCAUGAACCCUCUGUCGUCUGAUACAGAGCAGAACAUUCUUAUGUUCGAUUCUCUGACGAACUGUACUCAACUGGAGAUUUUCAAGCUGUACGGUAACAAACUCUCUGGAGAACUACCGGGUUCUGUCGGAAACCUCUCACGCAAUCUCCAGCACUUUUGUGUUUCUAACAAUUCCUUGACCGGUCGAUUCCCAGAAGGGAUUGGAAACCUCUCCGGUCUCAUAUCAUUAUCCAUAGAAAUGAAUGACUUCUCCGGAGAAAUUCCGAGAAGCAUUGGAUCACUUGCAAGGUUACAGUCGCUACUGAUUUUCCAGAACCGGUUUUCAGGAGAAAUUCCUGAUCUUUUUGGGAGUCUGUCUCAGUUGUAUUCAGUUUAUAUGGAUUACAAUCAGUUCUCGGGGAGAAUUCCUCCUUCCAUUGCAGCCUCCCGACAACUGAGCAAUCUGAGCAUGGAAGGAAACAUGCUCAAUGGAAGUAUACCGACAGAGAUUUUCGAGAUACCGAACUUGAAAAGUUUGUCGCUGGCAGGAAAUUAUCUAACCGGUCGUGUUCCUGAUGAGGUCAAGAACCUGAGACAGGUGACAGCCAUUGAUCUCUCAUAUAACCAGCUGACUGGUAACAUCACUGCUUCUCUUGGUAGCUGCUCAACCUUGAAUUCUCUAGUGAUGUCAAACAACAAUUUUACGGGGCCGAUACCGAGAUCUCUUGGAAGUUUAGCGUCUUUGGAAACGUUAGAUCUCUCCUCAAACAAUCUUUCGGGGAAAAUCCCGAAGGAACUUUCACAGCUUCUGGACCUGAAGAACUUGAACCUUUCCUUCAACAACUUGGAAGGUGACAUCCCUGUUGGAGGAGUCUUUGCAAAUACCAGUGUGGCUUUUCUCCAAGGGAACAACCUUCUCUGCAGCGGAAACCAAGAAACUUCAGAAAGGUUUAGACUUUCACGUUGUAUCGCCGGGAAAGAGAACAAGAACUCGAGAAAACUAAGAAUCAUUGUCCCCGUGGCCUGUCUCGUGGCUGUACUUUUCUUCCUGUUGCUUCUCGUUCUUGUUUUGAGAGUUCGGAACAAGAAACGGGCCGAUGUCAAAUCUCCUCGCGUCAAAGGGCUGCCCCCGAUGAUAUCUUACAACGACAUCCGUGCAGCCACGGGUGAUUUCGCGGACAACAAUCUGAUCGGAAAAGGAGGUUCUGGAUCUGUAUACAGGGGCCUCUUCAGAACAAGAAAGGAGGAAGAAGAAGGGGGAGAAACCCUAGCCGUCAAAGUCCUUAACUUACAACAAAAGAAAGCCUCGAAGAGCUUCGCCCGGGAGUGCAAAGCUCUGAGGAACAUUCGUCACAGAAACCUAGUAAAGAUCAUCACUUCUUGUUCCAGUGUCGAUAACAAAGGAGCCGAGUUCAAGGCCUUGGUAAUGGAGUUCAUGCCCAAUGGCUCUCUCGACCAGUGGCUGUAUCCGAUGGAUUCAGAAUCUUCUUCCCAGUCCCUGACGUUGUCACAGAGGUUGAGUAUUCUCUUGGACGUGGCUUCCGCCAUGGAUUAUCUCCACAACGAUUGUGAUCCUCCCAUCGUGCAUUGCGAUCUGAAACCUGGAAACGUUCUUUUGGAUCGAAACAUGACUGCCCAUGUCGGAGAUUUCGGAUUAUCGAGGUUUCUGCACAAAAUCGACCAAUCAGAAGAAAGCAACACCAUAGGAGUACAAGGCUCCAUAGGUUACAUUGCUCCAGAGUACGGAUUUGGAGGGAAACCCGACACAAGUGGAGAUGUCUACAGUUUCGGUAUUCUGGUUUUAGAGAUGUCCAUCGGGAAAAAACCCACUGACGAGAUGUUUAAAGAAGGACUCAACAUGAACAAGUUCGCGUCGGCCUCAAACGCAAACGCUGAAAAUGUCACCGAGAUCGCGGACCAGAGGCUCUUCAACUUCACGAGCAGCAGCGACGAGAGCUCUGGCGCGUUAAGCGGCGGAAGCUCAAACAGCGGCAGCGAUUGGGGACGCAGUAAGAGCGAAGGAUGUGUGGCGGCUGUGAUAAGGGUCGGGUUGGAAUGCACAGUUGAAUCGUCAAACGCGCGUUUGAACAUGAGAGAGGCGUUGGCCAUGUUAACGGAGAUCAAUAAAACGUUCCUCGGACCUAACUAAGAUGUUAUAGUAUAAUAUUUUUUUAAUCUUCCGCUAAUCAUAUUUUGGUAUGCUGUAUGUGAUAUUUGUGUUCUUUGUAUACUCCAACGCUUAAAUUCCUAAAUUAAUAAACGAAUUUUCAAUU